UAUUAUUAAUUUCCUUAUCAUAUACUCCACGCAAAAUGUAUAAUCUUUGUGCUAAAGUGGAAUUUAAGUCAGUUUUUUGGUGAAAAUCGUGAAAGAUGGAGGUGUUGACUUACCUAAUGCAACCGUCAGAGUUUUCUCAGACACUCUGGCUUAAAAUUUUAAAUAUAAUCGGUAAAGAAAGCUUCACUUUAUGGGUAAUUGUACCAAUUAUACUCACAACUGUUCUCUAUUGGACUGUUGGUGGACUCUAUCUCCUUAUGGACAUUACCAAUAGGCCAGCAUUCUUGAGGAAAUAUAAAAUUCAACCAGGAACAAAUGAACCUGUUGAUGGUGAAAAGCUCCGAAAACUUGUGCGCACAGUGCUGUUUAAUCAAUUCUGCAUUGGCAUAACUAUGGCCAUCCUCAAUUGGCAUUUGACGAGAGAUCGAUUCAAUGGGAACGUUGAAAUUGUCCCAUCUGCUGCACGAAUUUUCCUGGACAUUGUUGUGUGUAUUCUUCUCAAUGAAAUUGGCUUCUACUACUCCCAUCGGUUGCUCCAUCAUCGCAUCCUGUACAAGAUUAUCCACAAAAAGCACCACGAAUGGACGGCACCAAUUGCAAUCUCUGCCAUGUAUUGCCAUCCAAUUGAGCACAUGUUCAGCAAUCUUGUACCACCAUUCCUCGGGCUCUACGUCAUGCGAAGUCAUCCACUUACAGCAUGGCUGUGGUUCUGUCUUGCAAUUGUGGGUACACUCAAUGAUCACUCAGACUACCAUUUGCCACUUCUACGGAGCCCCGAAGCACACGACUUUCAUCAUUUAAAAUUCAAUAAUUGCUACGGUGUUAUCGGUCUUCUCGACUGGCUCCAUGGGACUGAUAAGAUGUUCCGAGCAUCGCGAGCAUUUGAUCGUCACAAAGUCUCUUUCUCAAUUGCCUCGCAGAGAGAUAAAUUCCCUGAUAUUGUUAAGAAGACUCUCUGAAUUUUUUUGUUGUAAUAAAAAUAAUGAAAUAAAAUGUUUUGGAAAAAAA